AUGUGCUUCAAGAAGGUGGGCAAGUGGACAAGCAGGCUCGUCCGUGAAGCCAGAGCUGGGAGGCUGACAGCCGCGAGGCUGGUGGGCCCGUGCGGCGCAACGCCAGACAUACGCUCCUUUCAGGAGCACGAGUACCUGGUCAUGGUGGCCGGCGGGAUUGACAUCACCCCCCUGCUGACCCUCCUCAAGAACCUGGCGAUGGCCAACGCGAAGAACCGAAGGAAGGCAGAAGAGAAAAGCAAAGGUGCAGCCGUCGGCGAUGGCGCGCCUGGUCUGCAGGGCAGGAUUGUCGUGGUGUGGACGAUGGAGAAGAUAUCCGAGGUCGAGCUGAUGGACGAGGAGCUGUUCAGCUUCAGCCGCGCGCACCCCGACGAGUUGGAGCUGCGCAUCCACUACGCGGGCAAGUCCGAGCUGGACGACUGGACGGGGACGAUGGUUCCGAAUGAGGCCGCCAAGCCCGGCAUCAAGCUGGACCUCUACGACUCGGAACGCGAGGCCGAGUCUGGUGUCGGAUUUUGGCGCACCUUUGUCCAGGAAUGGAUUUGGCGGCUGAGCCCCACGGCCCUCCCACAGCACUGGGGCUCUCUGCACUUGGCGGUGCUGCACGUCGCCGUGUUCGUCGCGGCGGUGAUGGGGCUGAUCUUGGGGGCGACCUGGCACCCGGAGGCCUCGAGGCCAGGAGAAGGAGCCCCCAGGGGAAAGGUGGAACUCGUCGCGAUUUCCGCCAUGUUGAUGAUGGCCGUCGGGAUGGCGACGCUGGGAACUUUCCCUGCUCACUUGAUCCUGUACGCCAAAGCCAGACGCUCAGCGACGCCCGGGGAGCCGCCAAUACCCACGACUCUGACGUCGACCACCGCGAGUUGGACCGAAUGGACGCAGGACAUCGAGUGGAGCGGCCUGGACCUAGAGUCCGUCCCGGUGGAGAUAUCGGACACGCCCGUGCUCUCGCCGAUGACGAUAGACUGGUUAAAGCGCAACAUGGUGGAGGGGCGGCCGUACGUGGACGACGUGCUCGACGACGUCAGCGGUAAGCUGUCAGCGGAAGGCACGGCGGGCGUGAUCACGGCAGGUCCGAAGGCCAUGAUCGACAAUGUCAGAGUGGCUGUUGCGAGGCGCACGCCUCAAUUCCUCUUGAAGACCCUUCAGGCUUAUGAACCAUCUGAAGCUUCAUGA